CGCUGCUUCCAGGUUACAGUUUUUUUUUAUUCCACCGUCAUCCUCGCGCUCCAGCAUCGCUCCCUGACAACAGCGGCGAUGGCGGAGCCCGUAGCAUCGGAUGCAGCGGCCAAGACAGACGCAGCAGCAGCGGCAUCAUCACCCACACCGGGCCUCUCUCCCGUAGCCAGCCCGGGCUCUGAGCCUCCUUCCAUGGCUCUUUCCCCCACCGCGGACGGCUCACAGCGGCUGCUCUUCUCCCACGACCUGGUCUCCGGACGAUAUCGCGGCUCAGUCCGGUUUGGCCUCGUACGGAUGAUCCACGGCGAGGAGGACUUUAACUCAGACUCGGACCUCGACGAUGGCGGAGGGAGAGGCGGAGACGGCGGCGGCGGUGGAGGAGGCGGCGGACGAGUACCGUGCGGUUCGGACACUGAGAGCGCCGUGGACACCCCAAGUCGGCCUCUCGGGAGGGGAUUUGUCCGCGUCCAGUGGUACCCCGAAGGUGCGAAGCAGGACAUCAGGGAGACAAAGUUAAAACUUGAAGAUCGAUCGAUCGUCAUCAGAGACUUCGUGCGAAGAAACAACUCUAAUGAUAACCAGUGUGGCUCCGUGACCAACAUGAACAUCGAGUGUGCAGUGAAAUUAGUAGGAACCAACUGCGUUCUGUAUCCAGUCAACAGCAAAGACCUGCAGCACAUCUGGUCUUUCAUGUACGGCGACUACAUCGCCUACGACUUCUGGCUGGGGAAAGUGUACGACCUGACCAAUCACAUCAUCCUCAAGCUGUCCAAUGGAGCCAGGUGCUCCAUGAGCGUGGAAGACGGUGCCAAGCUUUAUGAUGUCUGUCCACACGUCAGUGAUUCGGGUCUGUUCUUUGACGAGGCGUACGGCUUUUACCCGGGACAGGUCCUGAUUGGUCCCGCCAAAGUUUUCUCCAAUGUCCAGUGGUUGUCAGGGGUCAAACCUGUGCUCAGCAGGAAGUGCAAGUUCAGGGUGGUGGUAGAAGAGGUGAAGGUGGUGGAGCUGAAAGUGACGUGGAUCACCAAGAGCUACUCGCCCAAAGGUUCUGACAGCGUCUAUCCGCCUGCCUCCACCAUCACACAGGAAAACCUCUGCAGGGUGAGGCGUCUGGGCUACUACGACCACACCCAGAGGCAGCUGGGAGAGAGGGCCCUCUACGUAUUCCCGGCCAAAGGUGAUGCCACACGCAUCACCUGUGAUGGACCUGAGGGUGCCCCUGUUUUGCCUGAAGACCCCGUUGCCAGAAAGUUGAAAAGGCUGUUCAAGAAGGAUUCUGGGAAGAAGACGGAGAACGCCGAAUUACAAGGCGAGCACAGAUCUGAACAGACCGACUCGAAUCAUCCCAACAACAACAACGGUCCCGCGGUUCCCGUUCAGAACGCUCCGGACUCGCAGAACGACGCCUCGGCUGAACAAGGCGAGCAGGACGCUGAUGACGAGGCUGCAGAGGAAACCGACGACACCAGCUCUUUAACGUCAUCGGCGAGCUCCACAGCCUCCUCUCAGAGCGGCGGUCUGGGAACCAACCGCAAGAAGAGCAUCCCGCUUUCCAUCCGCAACCUGAAGAGGAAGCACAAGAAGAAGAGGACAAAGUUCUCCCGCGAAUUCAAGCCCGGAGACCGAGUGGCAGUGGAAGUCGUAUCCACGAAUACCACGGCUGAUGUGAUGUGGAAGGACGGCCGGGUGGAGAAGGGGAUCCGAUCGAACGACCUCUACCCCAUCCAGCACCUGGACAGCCACGAGUUUUGCCCCGGCGACUUUGUAGUAGAUAAACGACCCCAAGCGCUGCAGGACCCCGGGGUGUACGGCAUGAUCCAGUCUGGCGAUCACAAAGGCAGAACGUGUGUGGUGAAAUGGAUCAAACUCAACUCCACCAGUGACGACGUGGAGGUCAUCGGUUUGGAGGAGGAUGUCAGUGUCUACGACAUCGCUGAUCAUCCGGACUUUCACUUCCGCACGACCGACAUCGUCAUCAGAAUAUGGAACUCGGAAAACGGACAGAACGACUGUGAAAAUGAGACGUCAGUCGGUCAAGUGUACAGGGUGGAUGUAAGCAGCAAAGUAGAGGUGGUGUGGGCAGACAACUCGAGGACCAUCGUCCUGCCACAGCACCUCUACAACGUGGAAUCGGAGAUCGAGGAGACGGACUACGACUCGGUGGAAGAAACGAGCAGCGUUCUGUCGACCGAGGAGUGGGAGGACGAGAGCGACAGCUGGGAGACGGACAACGGUCUGACCCCAGAGGACGACAGCCACGUGAACAACGCGGAUGCCACGGAUACUGCGACGCCGACCCCCACCCCCACUGGCUCCACGACAUUCAUCAUCCCACCGCAGGAGGGCAGCAAAGCCGGGGUUACCAGCCCCACCAAAGGAGUCUCAGGAGAGGAGGGCGAAGCGUCUGUGGCGAGUCCUGCUUCUGGUGGAGGAGGAGCUGUGAACGGAGCGGAGAAACCCGGUAAGGAUGGAGCCUCUCGGGGCUUCAGGGAGUUGAAAGAGGCGCUGAAGAUCCUGGAGAGCUUGAAGAACAUGACUGUGGAGCAGCUCUGGACCGGUGGCUCCCCAACCUCCCCGACCUCCGUCGAACCCACUUCCACGACUAACGUGGCGAGUUCGGUGACGCCGACGACCCAAGAAAAACCGACCAAGGAGAAACGCUUCCUAGACGAUAUCAAGAAGCUCCAGGAAAACCUGAGGAAGACGCUGGACAACGUGGCCAUCGUGGAGGAGGAGAAGAUGGAAGCUGUGGUGGAGGCAGUGGGGAGUGUGGGAGCAGGGAUGGAGGCGGGUGUCAAACAGGCAGAGAGAGCUGGAGAUGAAAAGCCCCAGCAGGAGGCGCAGACACCCGUAGGUCAGCAGGAGUGGCCCAGUGAGAUUCUCAGUGACACGCCGGUACUGUGCCAGCAGAGCGGCGGCAAACCUGGCGUGACAUUUACCAGUGCCAAGGGGGAGGUGUUCUCGGUGCUAGAGUGGGCACCAGAAACUCACUCGUUUAAGAAAAUGGAGUUCCAGCCUGCGGAGGCGAAGAAGUUCUUCAGCACAGUGAGGAAGGAAAUGGCUCUGCUAGCGACAUCGCUGCCUGAUGGCAUCAUGGUCAAAACCUUUGAGGACCGCAUGGACCUGUUCUCGGCUCUGAUCAAAGGGCCGACUCGUACGCCCUACGAGGACGGUGUGUUCCUGUUUGACAUCCAGCUGCCUAACAUCUACCCAGCUGUGCCGCCUCUGUUUCGAUACCUGUCCCAGUGCAGCGGCCGCCUCAAUCCCAACCUCUACGACAACGGCAAGGUCUGCGUCAGCCUGCUGGGCACCUGGAUAGGCAAGGGCACUGAGAGAUGGACCAGCAAGUCCAGCCUGUUGCAAGUCCUCAUCUCGAUACAAGGCCUUAUCCUCGUCAAUGAGCCUUACUACAACGAGGCCGGCUUCGACAGUGACCGAGGCCUGCAGGAGGGAUACGAGAACAGUCGCUGCUACAAUGAGAUGGCUCUGAUCAAGAUGGUGCAGUCUAUGACGCAACUCCUCCAGAAUCCCAUUGAGGUCUUCAAGCAGGAGAUCCAGGAGCACUUUGUUUCUAAUGGCUGGCGGCUCGUCCACCGGCUGGAGUCGUGGCUGGAGCUGCACGACUCUGCGGAGCGAGGGCAGGCCGCACACCCGUACUCCAGGGCUCAGCACUCCAAGGACCGACCUUCAUCUGUGGAGCCUCUGGAUGAGCAGCUGGCCCUGGGAUCGGGGCCCGUGGCGGUGGCUCACAGCAGCCCUGGUAAGGCGGGGGAGGAGGGAUACACGGGAGCAGGCGUCACCAGUAUUAUGGAGGAGGAGCUGGAGGAUUCAGGACUGAGUCCCUCCACCACAGCAGCCUCUCAGCAGGAGCUGAGCAACAACUCAGACUGCGACAGCAACUUGGGGAACAGCUCUCUGGGCAGUGAAAACAGGGGCAGCGCUGCGGGGCCUGGUUCCGUAAGCCGCACCGGGACGUCCGAGUCGGGUUCUGCCGCAGCGAGCGCAGGAGGGGCGGGCUCCUCGGGGAGCCAGCCAGUGGUGAGACCAAAGAAAAGGAGAAAGAGCUACCGAAGCUUCCUCCCGGAGGGCAGCGGUUACCCCGACAUCGGCUUCCCGCUCUUCCCGCUUUCAAAGGGAUUCGUGAAGAGCGUCCGAGGAGUGCUGCAGCAGUACCGAGCUGCGCUGGCAGCCGCCGGCAUCCCCGAGCACACAGAGGACAAGUAAGUGCCUCCUCAUCCUUUCCCAGUAUGCCACUGCACUGUUCCCUGCUCCUAUUCCUCCUCUUCUUCUACCUUUUCAUCCGCCUCAAGCCGUCGAGGAGGAUCCAUUACUUGUUGUCUGGGAGAGGGGGCUACAGCUUUCUGUCUGCUGUACCCCUGUCCAGAGCUGCACUAAGCCCCCAGCACUGCCCACAUUUUUAACCUUUACCUCCAUUUCUUAGUCUUUACUGCUCCUGCUGCCCUGAACUCCACAACAUUCUGCCUUUUCUUGCCCCCAUAAUCGAACCACGAUUGCAAGAGAGCCGCACCUUUGAUCGGGAGCGUGAGCGGGCUCUGCUCGGGACGACGAUUUGAUCAUGUUUUUGUUUCCUUCAGUGUCCCUGCAGACGAGUGCGAAGCAUAAAGAGCGACUCACCCACCUGCACACACACCUGAGGGAGCUGCCUCGUCAUUCACACACUGUCAUCUUUUCAUGGAUGCAGGU